AUGCGUCACGCGGCCAACUCUGCCACCUGGACCGCGCCCGGCGAGGUCUGGGAGUACGUCAGCCAGCUAGUCAGCUCCUACCACGAUCAGCACGACUCGGACGGGUCGAGUAGUGAAAUGGAGCUUCCGCCGCAGCUGGUCACGGCGGCUAUCCAGCGAGCGACAGCGGAUUCUUCGGGAUCCGAAAACGAAUGUUCCAACUCUGGCGUAGUGAGUCAGACUACAACACACUACGCGUCCAGUUUACUACAGCAAUUCGUCGCACAAACGCAACUUCUAAGCAGCACUGCGUCAUUAAAUUCUAUUAACACGACUUCAACAUCGUCGCUAACAUGUGGGCUUAGCUCGAGUCCUAUGGAAAGCGUUAAUACUAUAGGUGACUGCGUUUUGGGGCAGAUAAAUAGUUUGCCUGAAAUGACAUCAAUAGGUUCAAAUUAUUUAAACGGCAAUUCUCAACAUCUCAGUCCUCAACAGACAGAAGAAUUAAGUCAAAUCAAUAAAGAUCUGGAGGAAAUCAGUUCAGUUACAGAAUCUGUAAGUUUGUCUAUACCCAAUCCGCCAAGUCUCGAAGACUGCGUCGACAACAAUGAUUUUAUGAAUAUAGAUAUAACACCGGGUGGAUCAGAAUUAGGAAAUGCAAGUGAUUUAUUAAAAACGUCGCCAAUAACAAUUCUAAACUCUGAUUUGAACCAAUUAGACCCACAAAAAUUAGAUACUAUCAGUACAAACUCUGUAGAAUCUCAAGAAGAUGUUAAGAAUGUUAUCGUCGAGUCUAGGCGAAAAAGGGGACGGCCCCGUAAAGUAAGAAAAAUAAAUGAAUAUGAAAUUAAAAUUAUUGAAUCUCACAAAGAAGAUAAGCCAUCAGUAAAGGUUAAUGAUUUCCGUAACAAUAACGACCCACCGAACGUCUCUCCAGAUUCAGGCAUAUUAUCAAAUCAUAACUCGCCAACACAUUCACCGUUGCGUCGUCAUGACCUAGAUGAAGGUCAUGGUCGCUUAAGUAGAAAGUCUAUACAAAAAGAAAACAAUAAGGUUGAGAGAAGAAAUAUGAGGUCGAAAUCAAAAACAAGAAGUAGGGCACAUAAUUUGUCCGAUUCGAGUGACUGUGAUUUUCACAAAAAGAGAGCCGAGAACGAGUUAAAACAAAUAAAAACCGAAGCCCCAUCACCAAUACCGUUGAAGCAAGAAACGAACAAAUUUGAUAAGAAUAAGAAACCUGACCAUAAAUUAGACAUUGCAGCUUUAGAUAGAAUGUUGUAUGCUACGGAUAGAGUACUUUACCCACCUAGAAAGAAAACUGGUCGUAAACCGCAAAAUAAAGCCAAGGUAACUAAAAACUCUCCAAAAACUUUGAAGGAUAAAAACCAAUAUGACUCGGCAGACAGUGAUGAAGACUCAUUACCCUCUAGCAGGUCUGUGUUGUCUGGAGUGUAUGCUAAGAGAAAAGAAGUAAAUAGUAAAUUAUGCACUGUAACUAAGAAGAGCAGUAAACCUGCUACAAACACAUGGCGGGACCACCAGAGUGAAAACGAAGCGGCGGGUGAAGAUCCGCUAGACCCAACAUGGAAACAAAUAGAUCUGAAUCCUAAAUAUAAAGAUAUCCUUUCCGGUUACAAAAGCGACCACGAAUUUAAACCAUAUAAAAGCUGCAGUAGGCUUAUAGAAUCUGGCUACAAGAGCGAUUAUGGCUGUAGAUCCGGAUAUAAAAGUGAUUGCUACCGGUCCGGUUAUAAAAGCGAUCAUAGAUCAGGUUACAAAAGUGACAAGUCAGGUUACAAAACAGAUUACAGUGUUAGAAGUAUGCGUAGAAGAAUGAGAAAGUUGAAGAAGACAAGAUCGGUCCGAGACAGAUCGUACUACAAAAAUCAAAAACAUUUUGUUUCUGAUCAAGAAAUUUUGUUAUUGACGAACAAAACUUUUAGCAGUCUCACUCUCGGUCACAGUUCAAGUGAUUCUGAGUGUGAUAGUUACAUACGCAAACCAAAUGCAAGUCCAAAAUAUGUAAGCGUCUGUACUAAAUAUCCCUUGCUAUCAAAAUAUUCAUUUGGAUUUACUAAAAGUCAAAAGCAUAUUUUACGGCAUAAUUCCUCUGAUCCAUUCGCGCCGGGUCCUGUUUUCAGCGGCUUACAAAGGCCUGUCACAACUUGCAACAUAUUCAAAGUCAGCCAUAACAAUAACAACACUUUACUGAAAUCACCUAAUAAAGCUACAUGUGCCGGAAAUUCACUGCCAACUCUUAAGCCAGUAUUUACACAUAAGUUUGGUACCUCGCCACUGAAUACAUUGAAUAAAACUGCCUCUAAAAAAGAUUUUGAAGCUAUGAAACAUAUUUCAAAUACGCUUUCACCAAAAAGUCGUAAGCAUAAUAAAUCAGGCAGUAUGCUAUAUCCGCUACAUACAAAAAAGGAUAUUACACUUAAACCCCUUCCAAGUAUAUUUGAAAAAGCAAAGAACAGUUAUGUGCCCAAUAAAUCUUUAUCCAGAAAUGUGUUUUUAAAUUUGAAGAAACCUCACUUGAAGCCCGCUUUUCAAAUAAAAAAACACAGAAGAACAGUUGUCCUUGCACCUCCAAAAAUUAAUUUGAAACCUACUGAACGACCUUCUCGAGUUGCAAUAAAAACUGAGAACAGGCAUCAUCGGCACAGAAGUAAGAGACGACAUCGCUCAAGAUCAGUGUCGAGGUCUCGGGACUCUUGCUCUAAUAAAAAUGUUGAUUCGGUUGAUCAAAAAUUUAGUCAAGAUAUGGAUAUGCUAAUAUCUAAUUUUAUAAAAUUAUGCCAAAUUGCGCCAAAAUUAAUAACCAAUAUUACACAAAGUCAACCAAAAUGCACGGAGAAACCGUUGCCUGAACCUGUACCGACAAAAGUUAUGAAGAGAGCGUCAAAGAAGCGUAAGACGUCGGAUAAUCAAGAAAUAAUUAUUCCUACUUCAAAAAGGAGGCACAAAAAACAAUUAACGGAAUCUCAAAAUAAGGGAGGAAAAGACACCAAUGAACACAAGCUCCCUCUGAAAAAACGACAUUACCAUAUUAAUUCAUCCACAAAUAACACACUUAGCUUGAGUUUAGUUUCUUCUGAAUUUGACGAUAGUUCAAAAAAUGGGAUAAAUACAGAGCAAUUUCUUUGUACUGAAACAGACUGUUUAGGUGAAAUACAAAAUAAUGUUCCUGCUGAAUCGCCCAAAACAAAAUCUAAUACCGAAAAAGGGAAAAAAGGCAACGACAGUCUAAAGAUUAUACAAACAAGUAAUGUGCAAGAUAAUAAAAAUCAAAAUAAAACGGAUGAUAAUGCAAUGAAGUCAACAAAAAUCAGUUUAAGUACUAUUACAGAAAAUAUUGAAAUGGAGAGUGAAGAUCUAAACGUGUGUGUAUCAAAAACAAACUAUAUUGGUGCCGAAGAGCAGGUGGGAAAGAAAACUGAUAAAGAAGGACAUAAAAUGACCAACGACGAAAAAUUAUCUCCAAAAUCUAAAGAGUCUGAUGUCAAAACAAUUUCCUCAAGACAAGAAACUGCCAACAAAAUAUCCCCAAGAUCUGAAGUUAAAUCGUCACCCGUACGAAAUUCUGCACCAAUUGUGACACCCAAAAAACGUCACAGGUUAGAGGCUGACAAAGUUGCUACACAUUCCAGCUUGGAUCAAGUAGUUCAGUCUUUAUCAAAAAAGCUGUCUGAAGAUAAAUCAACUAACGAUAGUACUUGCAAAGAUGUCAAUCAGAAUAAUGCGAAAGAAGACAUGAAAGUUGCUGAAAAUUGUACUGUAUCUUCAGCAAAUACUGUCGCAGCAACGGCAAACACGUCUAUUGAUCCAUUGAAAAGCAUGUCAGCGCGAUCUUUGUAUAAAAGUUCAAUACCUCCUUCACAGAAAUCGGAAAUUAUGACAAGGAAAAAGAAUAGAUUAGAAGGUUUAACAAGCAAUUUAGUUUCAAAAAUCAAUCCCAGCGCGGCGACUAAAGUCUUGGAUACUUUGUUAAAUAAUAAUAUAAGAAAAUCUAUUGAAUCUCGUAUUCUUGAAAAAGAGAAAAAUGUAACAGAUACUAAUUAUAAGCAUACAGACGACAAACAAAAAACAAAAGAAUCUCCGCUUGUAAAUAGAGCUACAGUUAUUAAAUCACCCGUAUCAAAAGGUAAAACAAUGGAUACUAAAAAAUCUAAAUCGUCCGAAAUUGUAUCGGAAACAACAGUCGUUGUUAAUGUAGAUCACCCAACCGGGAUAUUUGAACCCUCUAUAGACUUAGAAGAUCAAAUUCCCAAGUCAUCAAUUUGCGUUAGUAGUUUAGUAACCGACUCUAAUAAAGGCAAAUCUAAAACUAGGAUCAGUAAUGCAAAUUCUUCAGAUGGGCUAUUGAGUCCCAUUGACACUGAGUCGGAUAUUCCGCUGGCACUAAUAUCAGAGACACCAGACCCUAUUAUACGUCCAAAAAGGGGCGAGUCUAUAGCUGCAGUGAUAUCUGACAAAAUUCAAGAGACCGCAGGCGGUCACAAUUUACGUCAACCUAAAAGAAAUUUGAACACAGACAGCGAUGAUACAAAUGAUAAGAAAAAAAAGAAAACUACCAAUAUUAUAAAAGAGAGUAAAUUAGUUUUACCGACAAAAGUGAUGAUUCCUAAAAUUCAAGCGGAAAAAUUGUCCGUCAAUGAUCUUAUUAAGAGAAUGUGUUCGAUACCGACAAAGAAACCGGAAACAAGUAAUGCUAGCGACGCUAAAAUAGCCGACGUCGCCAAAAAGAAAGCAAGAAGAAGAAAGGCUAUUAAUCGAACAGGUUUUCCAAGUGUCAAAAAGAAGAAGAAGAAAAUUGAACCUAAUGGGGCCCUAACUCUUCAAUCAGAUAGUCAUUUCACCUCUGACACCGACAACUCCGCGUUUGAACGGGUACCAAAAGACGGCGAAGCCAUGAGCAGCUUCUUACAGCGAACAACAAAUAAGAAACCCGAACUCAAAGUGGUCUUGAAUAAAGAUGAUUGUCCAAAGCAAGGCCGUUUGACUGUUGUCGCCUUAGAAAAAUUGCAGGGUAAAGAAAUUGUUUCAGAAAAUGCCAAUAAACCCGUACAGGUUUCUGAAAAGCAGGCUAACGAGAAGAGAUCCACUAAUUCCAUACUGAGAGCACCAUCGCUACAACUGAAACAAACAAAAAAUGAUAAGGAAGUAAAGAAUCAUGUAAAUAAAUGGGAAGUUCUAAGUGAGACUGAUAGCAUACCGUCUUUAACUAGCUCCCUUAGUCACAAUGACCCCGAAGAUAGCAUACCUCUAAGUUUACUAAAUUUGAAAAAUCAAAAAACGGUCAGUCGAUUAGACAACUUGGAAAGAUUGAAAAGAAAAACCCGAGCUAUGUCACCUUCGAAGGAGAUAGAAGAAAUAUUUUCAAAGAGAAAAAUUGUAGAGAAAGUCACCAAAACGGGUCUUAGACCAAAAUCAAGUUUGGCCAUAUUAUAUCCUAGCGAACGACGGUUAACGAGAAGUUCAGAUAAUACAUUUGAAGAUGGAAGACUCAAGCCCAAAAGAGAUGCUAAAAAGACUGUAACAGAAAUUAAUUUCGAGAAAUCCGAGAAGCCCGCAAGCGUGACCACUAGAAGAAAGUCUAGGAUGAGUCAAGUUACGAAAAAACCACCCGAAGUUCAUUCAAGUUCCCGGGAAAGUUCGAUAGAUACCGUCGUCAGUCGCAAAACAAUAUCGAAGUCUCGCGAGCCCUCCAUUGACACACUACAAGACCAUGACGAAAACGAACCCUUGCCUUUGAAUGAAAAAGAAAUAGAUUUCGAAAAAAGUAUAGAUGUGUUAUCAAAAAGCAUAAUUUGCAAGAAACGAGUUGCGUGCUCACGAGAUGAUAGUCCCUCGAAUAGCGUGGACAACAGGGAUAAACCGAUCAUCGUAUCGAAGAGAAAUCCUCGAUUAAGAAAAAAGUUUUUGGUGGCUGGACUUUUCUCCGAUUAUUACAAAGAGGAUCCGAAGCCCGAUGGCAAAGGCAAGAACGUGGUGACGCAGACGGAGUACCCGCCGGGGCUGCUGGCGCCGCCGCCGUACUGCGAGCGCUGGGUGCGGCGCCGCCAGCAGCACUUCGCGCUGCCCUACGACAUCUGGUGGCAGCAGCACUACAACCAACCUGUGCCUUCCUGGAAUUACAAAAAGAUACGCACAAACGUGUACUACGAUGUGAAGCCGUCAGCGGAGGAGUGCGAGAGCGUGGCCUGCAGCUGCGCGCCCGCCUCCGGCUGCAACGAGGACUGCAUCAACCGCCUCGUCUACUCCGAGUGCUCGCCGCAGCUCUGCCCCGCCGGUGAUAAAUGCAAGAACCAGCGCAUCCAGCGUCACGAGUGGGCGUCAGGUCUGGAGAAGUUCAUGACGGAGAACAAGGGGUGGGGCGUGCGCACCAAGCACUCCAUCACCGCCGGAGACUUCAUACUGGAGUACGUCGGCGAGGUCGUCUCCGAUAAGGAGUUCAAGGAGCGCAUGGCGACGCGGUACGCGCGCGACACGCACCACUACUGCCUGCACCUGGACGGCGGGCUGGUGAUCGACGGACACCGCAUGGGCGGCGACGGCCGCUUCGUCAACCACUCCUGCAGGCCCAACUGCGAGAUGCAGAAGUGGACUGCCAACGGCACAUUUCGAAUGGCGCUGUUCGCGUUGCGGGACAUCGAGCCCGGAGAAGAACUUACGUACGACUACAACUUCUCAUUGUUUAAUCCCGCUGUUGGUCAGCCGUGUAAGUGCGAUUCGGAGGAUUGUCGCGGCGUUAUCGGCGGCAAGUCUCAGAGGAUCACGGUUAUACGGGAACAUGGACGGAAUACGGACAUAGGGGCCGCAGCCGCACAACUCAGAAAGGUGUACAACGCUGCAAAGUCGGAUUUCGCCGAACAAUUGCAAAAAAUUUUGGGACCGCAAGAAUCUUUGCCGUCUGGAUUCAUACAAAAGGUUAAAACUGAGGAGGUGAUCCUGUGCAUCUGCGGGCUGCACGUGGAGGAGGGGCUGAUGGUGCAGUGCGGCGGCGCGCGCUGCGGCGUGUGGCAGCACGCGCGCUGCAUGCGCGUCGCCGACACGCGCGCGCCGCACUACUGCCACAACUGCUCGCACACACCGGUGGAUCGUGAGAUACCUCUAGACGAGUACACGGAGGACGGGCAUCAGUUCUACUUGUCGCUGAUGCGCGGCGAGCUGCAGGUGCGGCAGGGGGACACGGUGUAUGUUCUACGCGACAUACCUAUCGACGCGCGCCGCCCCGACCUUAGUGCGCACGGCGACGCGCAACACGCCACUGACGCGCACGACUCGCAGCGCGCAAAGCGCACAGACCGCACAGACCGCACGGAACGCACAGACCGCACAGAGCGCACAGACAGGAAGAAACUCAAGCUGCCCAAAGGAAAGGAUAAAGAUGACACUAAUAAGGUGUGUGGGAGCGGGGGCGCGGAGGUGCGCAAGCACACGUACCAGACGAUCGGCUCGGUGGCGGUGUCGGAGCUGGACAUCUUCCGCGUGGAGCGCCUCUGGAAGCACAAGGACACGCACGAGCGAUACGUCUACGGACACCACUACCUGCGCCCGCACGAGACCUUCCACGAACCCACCAGGAAGUUUUUCCCGAAUGAAGUAAUGAGAGUGCCGCUGUACGAGGCGGUUCCGAUAGAACUGGUUAUGUCACAGUGCUGGGUUAUGGAUCUUAACACCUACUGCAAGGGUCGUCCCGUGGGCGCGCGCGAGGAGCACGUGUACAUCUGCGAACUGCGCGUCGAC